UGCUGUUCGGGCUACCCAAAGCCCAAUCCUUCCGCCAUUUCUUCUUUUGCUUCCUCCAUUCAACACUCGUGAGAAGUGUGAUAGGGUUCUCAGAUCAACGUAACGGUUAAAGUUGGUGAAUUUUCCUCAUUUUUGUUGCCUGUGCUCUAUCUCUUGAAGAUUCUCGGAAAUCUGCAAACCCUAGAUUCUGAUUUGAUGCUGAAUUGCGCUCCAGAGAAUGCAGAGGGUGUGAUAUUUCUGGUUAAAUGGUCAUUCCAAAUUCAGCUAUGACCAUGUUUCCUUUUUGAUGCGCACACAUAAAGCUUUUCAUUUCUAUUAAAAACUAGAUUGAGGAUUCAAGUGGGGCACUUAAAAUGAAGGGAAACUGCAACAAAUCCCUAAAAACAUUAUUCAGCCGAGGUAUCGAAGAUUUACAUGAUGAUGAAUUCGAGGGCUCAAAAGACGAAGAUUCCAUUUUCAGAGAAGUAUUUUUCGGGGGCAAAAGUGGUAAAAGUAGCAAAAAGUGUGUUGUAACAGGAGCAAUCACUUUUGAAAAUGAAAACAAGAAGCCUAAAGACGUAUCAUUCGGUUCCAACAGCGACAAUUCAGUCAUGACAACUCAAAUAGAUUUUCAAAACACAAAAGAGGAGGAGUUCACUAUAUUAUCAAACAACGACCCUAAUGUUGAAGCUAAAAGAAGAAAAGUAUUACUCGAAGAGCAACCUUAUUUAGAAAAAGUAGUCAACAAAGAAGUUGACUCUUGUUUAUUUCAAUCAUCUACAAUCGUAACAUGUCGUUUAGUUGAAUCAUCUGGUCAAGGUUUUAAGUCAAGUUGCUAUCUACUAAAGGGAGCUCUUGGAGACAUUGGGGACACAACAAAUGACCAAAAAGGACAUGCUGUAGAUGUAGAUGUAGAUGAAGAUGUAAAUGUAAAUGUAAAUGUAAAUGUAACUGUAACUGCUGCCAUUGCAUCACCUGUUUCUCAAGAGAGCCAUGUCAGCAAACUUCUAGUAACCAAACCUGAACCGAUUCGACAUACUAAACGAAAAUGGAAAGAUUCUUCAUUUGUGGAAAUCGAUGAAGAUGAACUUUUAAUACCCCCAAAAGAUUCCACCUCAGAUCCUAGGCCACUUUUGCGUUACCACAUUCAUCGUCUGCUUAGGUCAGCAAAAUGGAUUAUAGGGAGGCGUCAUAGGGUGACUCAUUGUAAAGGGCAUGGAGAAUAUGUUUUUAAAUCUCCUGAAGGAAGGCCGAUUCGGGAAUUUCACAGGGCGUGGAAUUAUUGUGGUAAGAAACUAAUUGAAGAUGCAAAUUAUGCUGUUGGUGAGAGUGAUGGCAUACAGUGGACUAGUUUGACCGACUUCCACACCGAUUUGACCAAUACUUUAGUAGAAAUAGAAGAACAACUCAGAAAUUUGGAACCUUCAACUGCUUUAGCUCAUUGGUGGUAUUUACUUGAUCCUUUUGCAAAAGCUGUGUUUAUUGACAAAACCCUUCGCAGGUUAAAAGAAGGUCAACAAGUCAAAACAACACGAAGUGUGGUGGAUUUUUAUUCGAUCGAUGAUACUGUUUUUCCUUCCAGGAUUACAGAAAAACAUGAGAAAGAUAAUGUCAGCUUGUUGUUUCCAUUUUCUUCAGAUAUCAUUUCGUGUCAAACAAAUAACCUUAAUGAUGAUGACAUCGACAUCGACACCGAAUUUAUCUGUGGCUCUUCUUUUUCACUGAGAGAAAACAAGAAAUCAAAAAAGAUAUCCGAGAUGACUGAAACCAAUACAGAAAGUUAUGAAAGCUGUAAAAAAUCAAGGUUUAAGAAAUCCAUUCACCAUUCUGGACAUGAAAAAGAGAAAAAAGUGAAUUGGAAUUGUCAUCUUAACGAUGACGACCUUUUACUUUCAGCUAUUUUAAAAAACGGAGGUAUUAUAAAGAAAAAGUCAUGUCCCCCAAAAGGUGAGAGGAAAUACAAGGGUACAAAAGGAAGAUGCGUAUUGCGUCCAAGAAGUGUAACAAAGUUUGGUCAGAAUCACAUGGAAGGGAGGUGGUCUGGUCUUGGUGUAAGGACGGUUUUGUCCUGGUUGAUAGAUUUUGGUGUUAUUUGUGUAAAUGAAGUGAUUCAAUACAGGAAUCCUGUAGAUGAUUUAGUUGUGAAAGAUGGUUUGGUUACCAAAAAUGGGAUUUUGUGUAAAUGCUGUGAGAAGUUGCUUUCGGUUUCUGAGUUCAAGGUUCAUUCAGGGUUUGACCUAAAAAGCCCGUGUUUGAAUCUUUUUAUGGAGUCUGGGAAGUCGUUCACUUUGUGCCAGCUGGAAGCUUGGUCAGCUGAGUAUAAGGUUAGGAGAGGUGCCACGCGGACUGUUGAGGUGGAGGAAAUUGAUGAAAAUGAUGACAGUUGUGGGCUGUGUGGUGAUGGUGGUGAGUUGAUUUGCUGUGAUAAUUGCCCCUCAACUUUUCAUCUAACAUGCUUAUGUGUACAGGAGCUACCUGAAGGCAAUUGGUAUUGUUCAAAGUGCUCUUGUUGGAUUUGUGGGAAUGUGGUCAAUGAUAACGAGCCUUCAAGUUUGGGUGGUCUGAAAUGUUUGCAAUGCGAACAUAAAUACCAUGAGGAAUGUCAUGGAGAAACCGGAAUAGAACGAGACUUGAUGUUAUCAACCACGUGGUUCUGUGGGGAAAGCUGCAAGGAGGUUUAUUCCGGGCUUCAUUCCCGGAUUGGAAUUAUGAAUUCCAUUUCCGAUGGUUUCUCGUGGACCCUUCUGAAAUGCAUACAUGGGGACCAAAAGAUUCAUUCUGCUCAACGUUUAGUUGCUUUGAAAGCUGAAUGCAAUUUGAAACUGGCAGUUGCACUUACAAUUAUGGAGGAGUGUUUUCUUCCCAUGGUGGAUCCAAGAACAGGCAUUGAUAUGAUCCCACAUGUUUUAUACAAUUGGGGAUCAGAAUUUGCGCGUCUCAACUAUGAGGGGUUCUAUACAGUGAUCUUGGAGAAAAAUGACAUAAUACUUUGUGUAGCAUCAUUAAGGAUUCAUGGGGUAAAUGUUGCAGAGAUGCCUUUAAUUGCAACAUGCAGCAAAUAUCGGCGUCAGGGAAUGUGUAGGCGUCUCAUGGAUGCUAUUGAAGAGAUGCUAAAGUCAUUGAAGGUUGAGAAGCUGGUGGUAUCUGCCAUCCCAAGUUUAGUGGACACGUGGAGGGAUGGAUUUGGAUUCACAGCCUUGGAAUCCCAUGAAAAAAAGAGCCUCACAAAAACCAACCUCAUGGUAUUCCCAGGAACCAUAUGGCUUAAAAAGCCCAUGUACUAUCAACACACUAUCCAAAGUGCAGACCAACACACAGAAGUCGAUAAUAUCCAAAUCCAGUAAGCUCGUCAGUGUCCAAGGGUAGAGAGACUUUCCUUCCAUAAAGUUUUGCAGUUUAAGGAUCGAUUGAUUGGCAAUUAUUAUUAUAUAUUAUGUGAUGCAAAAAUGGAAGUUGUACUUGCAUCGGUAUUAUGUAGGGAUUUUUUUUUUCUUUUUUCUUUUGUUAUAUUAGGAAAAGAAAAUGUGUAGUAAAAGUAUGUUGUACAAUGGGGUUGGGUGGGUUAUGGGUGUUUAGAUUUAGAGGUAGAUGCAAUGGAAAAAACGACACGAGAUAGAUGUACAUGUUAACGUGUACAUGUACAUACCUUGCUUUAUUUACUUGCCCUAUAUAUCCAACAACUUUUUAUUUA